AGAUGGAGAACGACUGAUUCAAAACGAGGUUCAUUCCAUCAGUGAAUGUUCUCACCAUGUCUCGUGCAAAGAACGCAGUAACAGCAGCCCAUGGAUGCAUCAUCGAGUCAACGGCCUGAUGUCUUCACCCGUCCCAACAGGCGCAGCGACUUCAAAGUUGCGAUAAUAUGCGCGCUCCGUCUCGAAUUCGACGCCGUAUGCCUCCUUAUCGAUAAGCUGUGGGACGAAGACGGCGAUCAGUACGGCAAAGUCGACGGAGACCCGAAUAUAUACACGACAGGCCGAAUGGGGAAGUGCAAUGUCGUCCUUGUCCUUCUGCCCAACAUGGGAAAAGCAAGCGCCGCCAGCGCAGCUGCAAGUCUUCGAUCGAGCUAUCCGCGAGUGUCGCUGGCCCUUUUGGUGGGCAUUUGCGGGGCGGUCCCAUUCGCAGGACCGGAAAGGGACCCCAUUGUCCUCGGCAACGUAAUCAUAAGCAACCUCGUGGUCCAGUAUGACCUUGGAAGAGCGCUUCCGGAUCGCUUCGAUCGCAAAGACAACCCCCAUGACAGUCUUGGAAGACCAGACAAGAUCAUUCGCAACAUCCUGGUCAAGCUUGAUACGGACAUCGACCGCGAACAUAUCGAGAAACGGGCGGGUGACUUCCUCAAAGCUCUUCAGACGAAGAGCGAAGAAAUAGCCAAACGGAAGCGAAGAGGCAGGCAUACCAGCUACAAGUACCCAGGAGCAGCCAACGACCUCCUAUUCGAUGCCUGCUACCGACACAAGCAUGCUCCUGAUUCCGGGUGCAGAACGUGCGAAGACUGUCAUGACAACUCGGAUCCCGCUUGCGAUGAGUCUCUUAGGUUGUCAUGCAAAGAGCUGAAAUGUGACACAAACCGCUUGAUACGGAGGGAACAUUUGGAUUCAGCCUCAAACGACUACAAUGCCGACUCGGAUUCUGAGGGUGUCUUCUUCUUCAUUGGUGCGAUCGGAUCUGGAGACAGUGUUAUUCGGUCUGGCAAGCACCGUGAUCAGAUCGCCAAGCAGGUCGGGGUUAUUGCUUUCGAGAUGGAAGGAGCAGGCGUAUGGGAUGAGGUGCCAUGCAUCGUGAUUAAAGGCGUGUGUGACUAUGCCGAUAGCCACAAAAACAAAGGAUGGCAGAAUUAUGCUGCGGCAACCGCGGCGUCGGUAGCGAAGGCGGUUAUGGAGAGGGUUUCCGACUCUUCGCAGUCUCCGCCACCGUCCGCGACCAUCCCCUUCUCCCGCGACCCCGACUUCGUCAACCGCGGAGACAUUCUCGACCAGAUCGACCAGCGAUGUUCGGAGCCGGCUGCUCGGGUUGCGCUCGUAGGCCUGGGCGGUGUCGGCAAGUCGCAGCUAGCCAUCGAGUUCGCCCACCGGAUCGCCGCGCGGCACCCAGACACGUGGGUGUUCUGGGUCCAUGCCGGCACGCAGGCGCGGGUCGAUGAGGGCUUCCGGGCGAUUGCCGACGCCGCCGAGCUGCCCGGCCGGAACGACUCCAAGGCCAACAUCCCACAGCUUGUCUACGGCUGGCUGGGCAACGAACGGAACGGCAAGUGGGUUAUGGUCCUUGACAGUGCUGACGACCGCGACGUGUUCUUCGACGCUGGCAGUAACCCUGAACGACGUCCGCUAGCUGACUAUCUUCCGCAGAGCCCAAACGGGUCUCUUCUCGUCACAACACGUGAUAAGGAUCUAGCUUCUAGGCUAGUAGGGGGGUACAAGAAUACAAUCGAGAUCGGGCCAAUGGCGCAGAGUGAUGCUCUGUUGCUCCUGGAGAAGAAGCUGGGAUCGCUCUCGGAUACUGAUAUGGCGGUGGAUCUCGUGCGGGCGCUCGACCUUGUGCCGCUUGCCAUCAGCCAGGCGGCGGCCUACAUUCAGAGAAUGUCGCCACGGAGCUCGCCCAAGAAGUACCUAGACGAGUUCCGAGAGAGCGAGCGGAAUCGGAGAAAGCUUCUGCAAUAUGAUGUAUUUCGAGAUAGAGGACUAUGGAAGGAGGCCGAGAAGCUGUUUGUGCAGGUGAUGGAAACUCGCAAGGCGAAGCUCGGGGCCGAUCACCCCGACACGCUGACGAGCAUGGCCAACCUGGCGGCGACGUACAGUAACCAAGGCCGGUGGGAGGAGGCCGAGAAGCUGGAGGUGCAGGUGAUGGAGACUCGCAAGGCGAAGCUUGGGGCCGAUCAUCCCGACACGCUGACGAGCAUGGGCAACCUGGCGUGGACGUACAGGAACCAAGGCCGGUGGGAGGAGGCCGAGAAGCUGUUUGUGCAGGUGAUGGAGACUCGCAAGGCGAAGCUCGGGGCCGAUCAUCCCGACACGCUGAAGAGCAUGGGCAACCUGGCGGCGACGUACAGGAACCAAGGCCGGUGGGAGGAGGCCGAGAAGCUGGAGUUGCAGGUGAUGGAGACUUUCAAGGCGAAGCUCGGGGCCGAUCAUCCCGACACGCUGACGAGCAUGGCCAACCUGGCGGCGACGUACAGGAACCAAGGCCGGUGGGAGGAGGCCGAGAAGCUGUUUGUGCAGGUGAUGGAGACGAGCAAGGCGAAGCUCGGGGCCGAUCAUCCCUCGACGCUGACGAGCAUGGCCAACCUGGCGGCGACGUACAGGAACCAAGGCCGGUGGGAGGAGGCCGAGAAGCUGGAGUUGCAGGUGAUGGAGACUUUCAAGGCGAAGCUCGGGGCCGAUCAUCCCUCGACGCUGACGAGCAUGGCCAACCUGGCGUCGACGUUUUGGAACCAGGGCCGGUGGGACGAAGCCGAGAAGCUGGAGUUGCAGGUGAUGGAGACUUUCAAGGCGAAGCUCGGGGCCGAUCAUCCCGACACGCUGAGCAGCAUGGCCAACCUGGCGGCGACGUACAGGAACCAAGGCCGGUGGGAGGAGGCCGAGAAGCUGGAGUUGCAGGUGAUGGAGACUCGCAAGGCGAAGCUCGGGGCCGAUCAUCCCGACACGCUGAAGAGCAUGGGCAGCCUGGCGGCGACGUACAGAAACCAAGGCCGGUGGGAGGAGGCCGAGAAGCUGGAGUUGCAGGUGAUGGAGACUUUCAAGGCGAAGCUCGGGGCCGAUCAUCCCGACACGCUGAGCAGCAUGGCCAACCUGGCGGCGACGUACAGGAACCAAGGCCGGUGGGACGAAGCCGAGAAGCUGUUUGUGCAGGUGAUGGAGACUUUCAAGGCGAAGCUCGGGGCCAAUCAUCCCUACACGCUGAGCAGCAUGGCCAACCUGGCGUCGACGUUUUGGAACCAGGGCCGGUGGGACGAAGCCGAGAAGCUGUUUGUGCAGGUGAUGGAGAUGAGCAAGGCGAAGCUCGGGGCCGAUCACCCCGACACGCUGACGAGCAUGGGCAACCUGGCGGCGACGUACAGGAACCAAGGCCGGUGGGAGGAGGCCGAGAAGCUGUUUGUGCAGGUGAUGGAGACUCGCAAGGCGAAGCUCGGGGCCGAUCAUCCCUCGACGCUGACGAGCAUGGCCAACCUGGCGGCGACGUACAGGAACCAAGGCCGGUGGGAGGAGGCCGAGAAGCUGGAGUUGCAGGUGAUGGAGACGAGCAAGGCGAAGCUCGGGGCCGAUCAUCCCUCGACGCUGACGAGCAUGGCCAACCUGGCGUCGACGUUUUGGAACCAGGGCCGGUGGGACGAAGCCGAGAAGCUGUUUGUGCAGGUGAUGGAGAUGAGCAAGGCGAAGCUCGGGGCCGAUCAUCCCGACACGCUGAAGAGCAUGGGCAACCUUGCUUUCACGUGGAAUAGUCAAGGUCGACAUGAAGAUGCCCUAGCGUUGAUGCAAGACUGUGUUGAGGCUCGGCAGCGAGUCCUUGGGCCUGAGCAUCCUGAUACGCUGUCGUCCUUGGCUACUGUGUCGGAAUGUAACAGAUGGGAUGGUAGACUUGAACGUGCACGUGAUCUGGCCGAGAAGCUAGAGGUGCAGGUGAUGGAGACUCGCAAGGCGAAGCUCGGGGCCGAUCAUCCCGACGCGCUAACGAGCAUGGCCAACCUUGCUUUCACGUGGAAUAGUCAAGGUCGACAUGAAGAUGCCCUAGCGUUGAUGCAAGACUGUGUUGAGGCUCAGCAGCGAGUCCUUGGGCCUGAGCAUCCUGACACGUUGUCAUGCUUGGCUACUGUGUCGGAAUGGAGUAGCUAGGCUCAUAUGAUGAUAGAUUGGACAGCCGUGACUUCCAGGUUACAAGAAGGCGCUCGGACUGGAUCAUACGUCGACUCUCAUUACAAUUCACAACUUGGGCAACCUCUUUGAGCUUCAGGGCCGGCUAACUGAGGCUGAAAUGCUAUAUCAGCUGGUGCUAGAAGGCUACAAGAAGGCGCUUGGACUGGAUCAUACGUCAACUCUCGAUAUAGUUCACAACUUGGGCAACCUCUAUAAGACUCAGGGCCGGCUAAAGGAGGCUGAAACGAUGUAUCAGCGAGCGCUGUCUGGUUAUUCAGCAGCC